UUUUCUUUACAUCAUGCUGCUCUUGUAGGUAACUCUCUUAUAGGACUUUCUGAAACACCAUGAAGUGGCUUUUAAGUCCUGGCAUCACUGUGAUGGUUUACCUGCUGAUGCAGCAGUGCCAAGCCUUCAUUGUCAUAGAGUCGAUGGUGAAUGAAGCCCUGACCCUCCCGUGUAACUGCUCAGGAAAUUGUCCAGCGGUUUGGUGGAGCCGCUUCAUUCCUGACAACGCUGCCAUUGUUCAGAGCUGGAAGUGUUCAAAAAAAGAGCAUUUUAACAAAAGAUUUACACUACCAGGAGAUACAAGCAGAGGAAAUUUCUCCCUGAUGAUCAGUUCAGUAGCCUACAAUGAUGCAGGCUCUUACAUGUGCAGCUGUAAUGAAAUAUCAGUGACUGAAGUAAAGCUGAAAGUUAUCAUUCCGACAGUUGUAAAGGCUUUCGAGGGGAAGAACGUCACUCUCCCGUGUUACGGAGACACUCGACAAGUCGUUAAAGAUGUAAAGUGGAAGAAAGAUGGACACGAGGUUCUGCUGUACACUCCUGCAAACAGAUGGAUGACUAAACAAAACAGAUUCACGAUGUCAGUAGAAGGCUUUCUAGACGGUGAUCUCUCUCUUCACAUCAGUCCAGUUCACCUGUCUGAUACAGGAUUAUAUCAGUGUCUCAUCCAUGAUGAAUCUCAGGACGGAGAACCAUGAGCUGUGUUACUGAAGGUAGAAGGGCAACAACAAUUCACAACCACCAACAGCGCUCCAGUUUCAGGAUGGUUUGUACUGCUAGGAUUGUUCAUCUCUGUAUGGAUCAAUAUUUACAUUACAUGAGAUUACCUGAUCAUCUAUUAUUACAUGAGAAAAUGCAGAGACCAGAUUUAAUCUAAAACUGCAGGAUCUUUAGCUUUCCUGUACAUCACUGUUCUGUUGUCCUGUGUGUUUCUUUUAUCCUGUGUGUUUAUUGUCCUGUUCUCAUCUCACACUGUUGUGUAUUUGCACUUUAUGCUGCACUCAACACACUGUUACAUGUUACACCAUGAUACUGGAGUCAUUUUUGUUCUAUCAUGUACAAGCUAUAUAGCUGUGAUGUGUGAAGGGACUCGUGGCUGGUGAGGCACUGAUUCUUGCACAUUGACUAAUGAUUAUUUAAUGUCUCCUGUUUUAACUUGAACAGUCAUAUUAAAUGAAGAGGAAACACAACAGUAUUUAAACGUCUACACAAUGACUUAAUUAACAUUUACUUUAGUUUACUUGUAUUCAACUUCUUCUGAAAAAGAUUUUGAAAUGCUGGAGCCACCACAAGUGUUUUAUUUCCUUUGUUUUAAACCGUAUUUAAACAUACAGGUACUGUAUAAAGAUAUGCUUUUAUGAUGAUUAUUAGAGGUACAAAAGUGACAAGAAGUUCUGUACUAUGUCUAAGCCAAAAACUGCUGAUCAAAUUAUUGAAAUGUAGAGAACAUUUAUAUUUGUGUUACAGUAUAUGAUCAUAUUUGCCUGUUGUGUUAUAAGGGUGCAAAUAAUUCU